AUGCUGUACACUUUCAAGCACUGUAAUAUUGAGGCCAAGGAGCAAACCCAGGAAGCAGGAAACUCGCAUACCAAACAGAAGCACGGAAUGAUGAAGGUCUCUGGCAAACUUUCUGCCAAUCUCAAGCCAGUGGCUACUGGCGUGACUGACCGCACUGUGGUCGCCAACACCUGCAACAUUACUGAGGAGAAAGAACACAUGGGCUGCCGAGGCUGCUUCGGCUGGCUCUUUCAGUUGUUCCGGAAGAGACGGGGUCGCCGCUCCGGAAAACACCUGGAGAGCCACGAUGUGGCCUCCCAGCAGUCCGCGGCAUAUGUGAUGCCCGUAGAUAAUGAUGAGGACGAGCUGGAGUCUGAGGUCGUGCCAUCAAAAGCAGAAUAUGAGAAGCAAGAAAUAAGCCAAGUCCAGGAAAAAACCGUAGCCCAAAUGGAGAGAAAUGACCUCUUAUCGUGCGUCAUGAAUGUGGCGGAGGAGCAACAGGAAUACAUGGAGGUUAAGAGCUUGGGGGGAAAGGCUGCGGAAGAAGAGCGGGAAGCCAGGGAUGUCCUGACCUGGGCUGAGGAAGUAACCGAGGCAGAGGAGCAAGGCCUCGAUGUGUUUGCCCCGGUCAGUGACGCCCUUCUUGAAGUACUGCGUUACUUUGCCCCCACCACACUGACUCACCCAGAGGCGGUCCCCUCCGAGCACGGCCAGGCCAGGAGUGCUGCAGGCACCGCGGCACCCGCAGCGCGGCGAAGGGAGCGCAGGGAGUUGCGGGCGGCCCUGAGAGCGAAAAGCAAGGCUCACCGAGUGAAUAAUGAUGCGGCCGAUGCUGCAUCACCAACAGCUGCAGCCGCUGCGACUUUCAACGAAAGCAGCACCUCAGCAGAGGAAGAGGCAGCUGCAGUGGCAGCAGCGACUCGCAAAAUGAAUCCCUCAGCGGAGGAAGAGGCAGUUGCAUCCGCCACGACGCCAUGCAGAAUGAACGCGUCCCAGAGGCGAAGGGAACGCAGGAAGGCAGCAGCGGCCCUUAGAGUGAAAACUGAACGUCGACCGACAUACGCUGCAAUCACUGCUGGUGCAGCCACGGCAGCUGCAGCCACGGCGACUCCCGACGAGACGAGCGUCUCAGCGGAGAAAGAGGUAGCUGAAUCGGCAACAGCAACUCACGAAACAAGCACCUCAACGAAGGAAGAGGCAGGUGCAGCCGCCGCGAGGCCCUGCAGAAUGAACGCAUCCCAGAGGCGAAGGGCGCGUAGGAAGGCAACGCCAGCCCUUAGAGCGAAAAACGAGAUUCGCCUAUCCUAUGCCGCGAUCACCGCUGGUGCAGCCACGGCAGCUACAGCCACGGUGACUCCCGAGAAGAUGAGGGUCUCUGCGAGGGAAGAGGCUGCUGCAGCGACGAGCGAGAUCAACGCCUCAGCGGAGGAAGAGGCUGCUGUAGCGACGAGCGAGAUCAGCGCCUCAGCGGAGGAAGAGGCUGCUGCAGCGACGAGCGAGAUCAACGCCUCAACGGAGGAAGAGGCUGCUGCAGCCGCCACGACGCCCUGCAGGAUGAGCGCAACCCAAAAGCGAAGGGCACGCAGGAAGGCAGCACCUCUCAAGGUGAAGACGACAGAGUCCGGGCCUCGGUGCGAGACCAGCCCCUGCACAAACCCCGCCUGGCCCUCUCCCUCCGUGCGGGUGUUUGGGUUAGAUGGGCGUCCCGUGGUGUGCACGUGGGAGGAAGCUGCUUAUGGUGCCUUCCACGCACAGCGGCACGCUCAGGGGUCGUCCCAUGUAGAGCGACGCCGUAGCUAA